UUAGGUAGUUUUGCAUUGUAUUCUUGUUCGAAUUUACUGUGGUUCUCUUAAGACCAAAUUUAGAUUUUUCAUUGUUUUCUGCAUUUUGGAUAAUAAAACGGAUGUUGAGAAAGAUCCAGAUAUUGUAUAAUAGUUAAAUGUCCGGAAAUUUGGCAAAUCCGGUGGUCACUGACCUGUCACUACACAUAACCUAUACAAAUUGCAAACGAUGUGAAAGUUAUACAGAUUUUUUCAGAAUGCCACUGAAACUGGCAUGGCCCAUUUUUAUUCAAGAUUUGCGUUUGUAUCCGGCAUUUUGCUAGGUGCAGUUCUAGCAUUAUUAUUUAAGAAAUGUUACGAAUUCAAAUCUUUUACCAAUUUUGGCGUUAAACAGUAUAUAGAAAGUCGCUAUGAUAAAUGGUUUGAAAGGCAAGGUUUAAGAAGAAAGCCUAUUGGAUGGGAUCGCUUAAGGUAUACAAAUUCAAGUUUUUAUCUGGAAUCUGAAUUAUUGAAGGAGAAAAUAUCUGUGUUUUGCAUUAUAUUAGUGAAAAAUGAAGCUAACCUUAUUGCUAGUACAGAUACGUGGGCCCGAGGAUGCCAACAAAUUAUGCCCAUAUACCUCUAUAAUAGUAGCAGACCAAUGCCUAUAAAGAGGAGAAAAGAACAAGCACCAUGGUUUUUAUUGUGUAAUGUGCUAAAUGGUAUAAAACACAAUUUUGAUUGGGUGGUUGUUGUGAACUGUAACACCUUUAUCGUGAUGGAAAACUUUAGAUAUUUUGUCGCCUCUCUAACUACAAAAAAACCUUAUUACUUAGGACAUGCAGUAAAGUUGUGGACCAAUAUUUACAACACGGGGCAAGCAGGUUAUUCGUUAAAUCUUAGAGCACUGAAAAUAUUUGCCAAUAGUAUGGGAAAACAUGGUUGCAGUGCAAGUACCCAAUUGAACAAAGAAGAUUUCACAUUAGGCAAGCACUUAGGUGCAUUAAACAUAACUCCAAUUGACACAUCAGAUGAAAAAGGAUUAACUACAUUUUACCCAUAUAGCUGGUACCACAGUUUUAUUCCAGAUGAAAGUUAUUAUAAAUCAAGUGUUUUUCCUGUCAGAUGUUGCAGUAGAAAGACAAUAUCAUUCCAGGUAAUUGAUGGAUCUAGAAUGUAUACUUUUUACUAUUUAUUGUACAAACUGCAGAUAUUUUCUAGCGGUAAAUUUGGGAACAGUCCGUCUUCGAAGCUGGAACCUGAAGAUUUAGUUUGGAAACAAUUUUUGAAUCGUCAGGGCGUUCAAAGGGAGAAUGUAACUGCCCAGGAAUACUACAAUUUGUGGGAAGGCGUUGUUAACGAUCCUAGCUCCUUCGCCAGAAAUAUGAAAAAGGAACAAUUCUCUGAUUAUGACUGAAUAAUGUAUUAGCCUAGUUUUUUUUUAAACAUAUCUUAUAGUUUGGUAGUUUUUUUAUGAAAACUUUUGUUAGGA